GUGACAGUGAAAUGAACGUCAUCCAGUUUCCUAACAUGUCUAGUGAUCUUGAUCAAUCUUGAACUUGUGUGUGUGUUGGAUGUUUUUACAUAUGGUUUGUCUCAUCUGAUAAGAAAUUCAAGAGAAGUCUUAACAGGAAGUCCAAUAAGAAAAAAAAGUGACAAAACUUUCUUUCACUUCUCAUAAAUCGCCCUGUUUUUCAAAAAAACGGCAGAAAACACAGAGAGAGAAGGAAUCGUGCUGACUGCUGUCCAGAACUGCUGUCUGUCAAGAAUCUUUACAGAAUGAAGAACACAUCUUGUCCUCGCAUCAGCUUUGACUUCACAGGCAGAUUCCUGCCUCCUGUUUUCAUCUCAGUAUUCAUCAUUGGUCUGGUUGCUAAUGGAUGGGGAUUGAAGACUUUGCUGCAGAAAUGGAAGAAACUAAAGAUGAUCAAUGUGUUUGUUCUCAACCUUGGACUUGCAGAUAUGUUGUAUCUGCUCACACUGCCAUUUUUGGUGGAUUACUACAUCAGGGACAGUCAGUGGAUCUUUGGAGAUGCAUUCUGCAAGAUAACAAGAUUCUGCUUCAACCUGAAUUUAUACUGCAGCAUUGGAUUCCUCACUUGUAUAAGUGUAUACAGGUACCUGGCUGUUGUUCAUCCAAUAAGAGUGAUAAGAUUAACUGUCACCCAUUCUGUGACUAUCUCAGUCAUGGUUUGGCUGUUGGUGGGUGUUCAGUGUCUUCCAGACAUGUUCUACACCAAAACAUUUGGGAACAAGCCUGGGAAAUGUUACGAGACCACCCACAAAGCUUUUGUCGAGGAUUACCUGAAAUACAGCCUUGGAUGGACACUGACAGGGUUUUGUAUCCCAUUCCUCAUCACACUGGGCUGCUAUGGACAUGUGGUUGUUGUUCUCUGCCGCAAAAAUACAACCGACAAGGUACUGAAACAGAAAUGCCUGAAGUUGUUAUUUAUUUUGAUCCUUCUCUUCUCUGUUUGUUACAUCCCCUAUCAUGUGUUAAAGAACCUGAAUCUCUGGUCAAGAGUUCUGAGCAAACAGAAGAUUUGCAGUGAAUGGUCUAAUGGAGUUUACAUCGCUCAUCAGAUAAGUCGUGGCCUUGUGUGUCUGAACAGUGCUCUCAACCCUCUGGUUUAUCUCCAUGGGAAUGAGGAAGUUCCUGCUCAGCUCAAACAGCAGCUCCAGCGAGCUCAUCAGAUGUUCAGUCGUUUCCUUCUAUCAGACUCUGGCUCUGUGUCUGUGUCUGUGACACAGAUCUGAAUUUUAACACAAGUGAACAUGUUACAUCGCAAUUCUGUGUU